AUGGCAGAUGGAAUUAUUGUGAUUGUAAUGAGUAUACCGGGGCUUUACGCCGUCGUUUGCUGCGGGCAGGCGCAGGGACUGAACAAGUGCCUCUUGCUUCCAACUUUGGUCCUGAUGGUGUGGGGCUACGUGACCUACAACAACCCUGACGAGCUGGAUCUGACCUCAACAACUACAACCACCACCACAUCAACGACAACCACCACUGGAACAGGCAUUGCCCCUAUAGUUAUCGAGCCGUGCGACGAUCUCAAGAUAAAAGCUGGUCUGAUUCUGCUGACCCAAGCGGUUGCCCCACUGGCACUAUGCAACUUGAUUGUUGGCGUCCUUGGCGGGGCAGGGUUGGUCUCUGGUUUGCUCACCUUUCCAGCGGCCGUCGCGCUUUGCACUGCAAUUGCCCAGUGGGAUGCUGAGUGCCAUGAGCCCCUCGUGACGUGGCUCUUCAUUCACGGCCUGCUCCUCUCAUUGGUGCCAGGCACACCUGAGUCGGUGUGGAAUGUGAGUGUUCAUGUUUUGCAUUAUUGGUCUAGUUACGGGCACAGUCCGGACAUCAUCAUCAUCAUCGUCGUCGUCGUCGUCGUCGUCGUGGCCGACGUCUUCACCGUGAUUGUUACUGUGGUCGUGAUGAGCAACAGUAUCAACAUCAUCACACUUAUCAUUAUCACCACUGCUGCUCCUGCUGUCCCUUUCUUGUAA